GUCAGUUCCGGGCUGGGUGCUGGUGUGUUGUGAGAUCAACAUCAGGCAGCUGCUGUUUAAUGACAUUUGCUGUUUACCUCUCCUGGAAAAUCUGUUUAUUUCACCUGAGGUUCAGUCUGCCUUGUGAUCGACGUUCAAAAUAUUAGUAAAGCGGACACAGAACGAUGGAUUUUCUGAGGGGAGUAAUGGGAAGCAAACCAGCAGGCCCGCAGCCGACUGGAGCAGAAACAAUUCAGAAGCUGUGUGAUCGUGUGGCUUCAUCAACCCUGUUGGAGGAUCGAAGAGAUGCUGUUCGUGCCCUCAAAUCCCUGUCCAAGAAAUACCGUCUGGAGGUUGGCACAAUGUCAAUGGACCAUUUGGUUCGUAUACUGCAGACUGACCGGUCAGACACUGAAAUCCUAGGUUAUGCUUUGGACACUUUGUACAACAUUGUUUGCAACGAUGAAGAGGAGGAACAAGAUGAUUCUGAAGAAGAGAACCAGCAGAAGCAGGAGGAUGAUUUGGGUGCUCAGUUCACUGACAAGUUCAUCCAGGAGCCAGAAAACAUCACUCUCCUUCUUACACUGUUGGAGGAGUUUGACUUCCAUGUUCGCUGGCCAGGUGUGAAGCUUCUAACUGCACUUUUGAAAAGCCAGUGUGCUCAAGUCCAGGGCAUCGUCUUGGUCAGCCCAAUGGGAGUGUCCAGGUUAAUGGAUCUCCUUGCUGACUCCAGAGAAGUUAUACGUAAUGAUGGCCUCCUUUUACUGCAGCAGCUAACCAAAGGCAAUGCUGCAAUUCAGAAAAUCGUGGCUUUUGAAAAUGCAUUUGAGAGGCUUCUUGAUAUUAUCACAGAGGAGGGUUCAAGUGAUGGAGGUAUUGUGGUGGAGGACUGUCUCCUGUUGUUGCUCAACCUGCUGAAGAACAACAGCUCCAACCAGAAUUUUUUCAAGGAAGGCUCUUAUAUCCAAAAGAUGAAGCCGUGGUUUGAGGUGGGAGAUGACAACUCUGGCUGGUCAGCCCAGAAGGUCACCAACCUCCAUCUAAUGCUGCAGCUGGUGCGAGUGUUGGUCUCUCCAGUGAACUCUCCAGGGGCCACAGCCAGCUGUCAGAAGGCCAUGUUCCAGUGUGGGCUCCUUCAGCAGCUCUGCACCAUCCUCAUGGCCACAGGAGUUCCUGCAGACAUCCUCACAGAGACCAUCAAUACUGUGUCAGAGGUCAUACGAGGCUCUGAAGUGAAUCAGGACUACUUUGCAUCUGUUAACGCACCAUCUAAUCCACCAAGGCCUGCAAUUGUGGUCCUUCUCAUGUCCAUGGUGAAUGAGAGACAGCCGUUUGUUCUCCGCUGUGCUGUACUAUACUGUUUCCAGUGCUUCCUCUACAAGAACCAAAAAGGACAGGGGGAGAUUGUUGCCACACUGCUGCCCUCCACUAUUGAUGCAAACUCUAUCUCAGCAGGCCAGCUGUUGUGUGGAGGUCUGUUCUCGCCAGACUCCCUGUCAAACUGGUGUGCCGCUGUUGCUUUGGCUCAUGCACUGCAGGAUAAUCUCACCCAGAAAGAGCAGCUACUGCGGGUACAGUUGGCCACCAGUCUGGGCAAACCACCGGUUUCUCUUCUUCAACAGUGCACCAACAUCCUCUCCCAGGGUGAUAAGCUCAACCGAAGGGGCAGUAGGGUGCAGACGAAGGUCGGUCUCCUCAUGUUGCUUUGCACCUGGAUCAGUAACUGUCCAAUCGCUGUCAUGCACUUCCUGCACAAUCAAGACAAUGUUCCCUUUCUGACAGGUCAAAUCUCAGAAAACCUGGGUGAGGAUGAGCGACUGGUUCAGGGUCUCUGUGCUCUGUUAUUGGGGAUUUGUAUCUACUAUAAUGACAACAGUUUAGAGAACUACACUAAAGAAAAGCUGAAGCAGUUGAUUGAGAAGCGCAUAGGAAAAGAAAACUUUGUGGAGAAACUGGCCUUUAUAACGAAACACGAAUUAUAUUCUCGGGCUGCUCAGAAACCUCAGCCAGCCUUUUCCACACCAGAACACAUGCUGUUUGAUCAUGAAUUUACCAAACUUGUCAAAGAGUUAGAAGGUAUGAUAACAAAAGCAGUUCUAAGGUCAAGCGAAGAAGAGAAAAAGGAGGAAGAGGUUAAGAAAACACUAGAGCAACAUGACAGCAUUGUAACCCAAUACAAAGAGUUGAUCAGAGAACAGGAUUCUCAGAUAAAUGAGCUGAAGAAACAAGUGACCUCUCUCACAUCCCAGACUGAAAAUUUGGAGAGCACCAUAACACAACAGCUUUCUCAGAUCCAGCAGCACAAAGAUCAGUACAACAUCCUCAAACUUAAACUAGGUAAAGAUACGCAGCAGACAGGUAAUCAGGCGGAGGCGGCUCAUGUCAACGGCCUGCAGCCAGAAGAGCUGAGUCAGCUCCGAGAACGACUUGAGGAAAUGCAAACACAAAACCAGCUAUUGCAGACACAGCUGACCGAGAAGGACUCUCUAAUAACCAGCCUGAAAGCUGAGAAUGUGCCAUCAGCAGAGGAUUCAACAUCGGAGGUCACAGAAUUACGAAAGGAGGUAGAAGGGCUGAAAGCUCAGCUGCAGAGCCAGACUGCGGAGAUCACACAACUGCAGAAUGAAAGACAGGAGCUUCUCCGAGGAGCUGAACCCACAGCUGCGGUCCCAGCAGAAGAAAGUGUCUACAAAGAGAAGAUUGCAGAGCUGGAGAGCAGACUGUCUGCUCAGACCACAGAGACCCAGAAGCUCAAGGGUGAAGUUAAAACUCUUCUGGAGAGGAAAGAAUCGAUGGAGAAAGACCUUGCUUCGGCCACAAGCACAUCCGCCAUCUUGCAGGCAGAAAAAAACAAGUUACAGCAGGAGGUGCAGGAUUCCAAAAAAGAACAAGACGAUCUUCUCAUGCUCCUCGCUGACCAGGACCAGAAGAUUUUGAGCCUCAAACAGAGACUCAAAGAUUUGGGAGAGCCGAUUGAAGAUGAGGACGAUCUGGAUUCAAGGGACCAGUUUGAUGAUGACGAUGAAGAAGAGGAGGAGGAAGAGUGCGAUGAAUAAUAAAAUAAAGGAUUUAAUUAUUAGUGGAAGUGAAAGACUGCUGCUAACAUGUCACUUACACAAAUAGAAAGAAAAGGCCUUGGACAGUAGAACUGAUCUUCUGAUUUUUAGAAGAAUUCCAUAUUUCUUUCAUUUCUUCAGACCUGCGUUUUAAUUUUUAGAGAGAGGAUUACUUUGCCAGCAUGGUGAACUGGACCCGUUUCAUUUCAAAGAAGUUUAAGUGUUUGUUCAGAUAAUAAACACAAGUGAAUACUUUAUUUUUGAUCCACAUUCCCAAAGCUUAUGUCCUGGCCGCACACAAUAGAAGAUUCUGAAGAGAUCUUUGCACUAAUAAUGGAGAGGAGACAAUAAAGAGAAGAUCCCAUGGAGAAAGUUCAGUCUGCGUUUCUAUACUGCUUAAAAACUGAUGAGAGUGUUGUGGAUGGAUGGAUGGAUGGAUGUAUGGAUUGUGCAAGACAUGCCUUCUCUGCUCAGGUGCAUAGUGAGCUCUGUCUAACAUCUCAUUCAAGUUAUGUCUACUUCCUCUUUUGCAUUAGAUUGCUGCCUGGUCACACGGCUGUUAAAUAUUUAUUGUUCUUUCAGCGGUUCCUCCAUGUUUGUAGCUUUCAAAAUUGUUCAGCCAUCAUCAUCAUCAUCAUCAUCAUUCUCUCAAAAGUCACAAACACAUUCAACCUACGUUGUAUUUAGUUGUGCUCACAUCUGCCAGCUUGUUUUCCCAUGUGCUGCUCUUCAACAUGACACUGCUGAAUGCUGGGAUUGUACACCUUCAGGUUCCUCUAAAACUGGAGAGUUUUUUUGGCAAAGUUUGAUUUAGCCAUUGGAUAAUUUAUGGAUGAGCCUCACAAUAAACUGUACCAAUAUUUGUCUGUGA